AUGUCGCUCGAACGAUUGAAGCAGGCUGCCUCCCACGUCACGGGCAUUGGAUCGCCGCCCCAUCCUUUUGACCCCCUUAACGAAGUGGAAAUCGAGCAGGCCGCUGCUAUCGUCCGCAAGGAGCACAGCGAUGUCUUCUUCAACGCCAUCACAUUGUGGGAGCCCCGUAAGGUGGACAUGAUGAAGUGGCUCAAGGAUCCCGACCACACUCCGCGACCGCACCGAAUUGCUGAUGUGGUUUGCAUUGGCCGCGGCAGCAAGGUGUAUGACGGACACGUCGACUUGACCGAGGGCAAGCUUCUCAGCUGGGCAUUGACCGACAACGUGCAACCUCUGAUCACCAUGGAAGACCUGCAGAUUGUGGAAUCCAUUGUACGAAAAGAUCCCAAAGUCAUUGAGCAAUGCGGUAUCCUGGGCAUCCCGCCUGAAGACAUGCACAAGGUUUACUGUGACCCAUGGACCAUUGGCUACGACGAGCGCUUUGGGACCAAAGUUCGUCUCCAGCAAGCUCUCAUGUACUACCGUCCUCACCAAGAUGACAGCCAGUACACAUAUCCUCUCGACUUCUGCCCCAUCUACAACUCUGACACCCAGGAAAUCAUCCACAUUGACGUGCCUCCCGUCAGGAGGCCGCUCAACAAGGCACCGCCCAACAACUACCAUGCUUCGGCCAUUGAGGCUGAAGGCGGAUUCAUGACUGGCUUGAAGCCCAUCAACGUCACACAGCCUGAGGGGGUUUCUUUCAAGAUGGAUGGAAGAUAUAUCAGCUGGGCAAACUGGAAGCUUCACAUUGGCUUCAACUACCGCGAAGGUAUCGUCUUGUCCGAUAUCAGAUUCAACGACAAGGGCACCGCUCGUGAUACCUUCUGGCGUCUGUCGCUCGCUGAGAUGGUCGUACCCUACGGCAACCCGGACCACCCACAUCAACGCAAGCAUGCUUUCGAUCUCGGCGAGUACGGUGGCGGCUACAUGACCAACUCGCUGAGUCUUGGUUGUGACUGCAAGGGAGCUAUUCACUACAUGGACGCCGCAUUCGUCAACCGUGCGGGCCAGGCAACCACCAUCAAGAACGCCAUUUGCAUUCACGAGGAGGAUGCCGGCAUUCUGUUCAAGCACACUGAUUUCCGCGACGAAAGCGUAACUGUAACGCGUGCUCGCAAGCUGAUCAUUUCGCACAUCUUCACGGCUGCAAACUACGAGUACUGUGUCUACUGGAUUCUGCACCUUGAUGGAACCAUCCAGCUGGAGAUCAAGCUCACGGGUAUCUUGAAUACAUAUGCCAUGCUUCCUGGCGAGGAUCUGAAGGGCUGGGGAACCGAAGUGUAUCCAGGUGUUAACGCACACAACCAUCAGCAUCUUUUCUGCAUGCGCAUUGACCCCAAUGUCGACGGACCAGACAACACUGUGUUCAUGGUCGAUGCGGCGCGAGGAGAGGGAGAGGUUGGUAGCGCAGAGAACAAGUACGGCAACGCCUUUUACGCAAAGAAGACGAAGCUUAGCACACCCGCUCAAGCAGCAACCGACUACAAUGGCGCCACAAGCCGGACUUGGGAGAUGGCCAAUACCAACAAAAUCAACCCAUACAGCAAGAAGCCAGUGUCCUACAAGCUGGUCAGCAGAGAGGUGCCGGAAUUGCUGCCAAAGCCUGGCAGUCUGGUGUGGAAGAGAGCUGGUUUCGCCAGGCAUGCAGUGCACGUAACCAAGUAUGACGACGACCAAAUCCACCCAGCAGGCCGCCACGUUCCCCAGACUUCGGGAGAGCCGUCUCAAGGAAUUCCGGCUUGGAUUCAAGCCAACCCCAACGAGAACCUCGACAACACCGACGUCGUCCUUUGGCACACGUUUGGUAUCACGCAUUUCCCGUCUCCAGAGGACUUCCCCGUCAUGCCAGCUGAGCCAAUGACGCUGCUGCUGCGGCCACGCAACUUCUUUACCCGCAACCCAUGCUUGGACAUCCCGCCCAGCUACUGCAGCGUCCCAAGUGGGGUGAAGCAGGGCAACACGCUUGUAGACAAGCUGAGCCGGAUGGCCGAAUAUUCAUCACCCGAACCAGCAAUGCCCCGCGCAUUCCCACCAGUAGAACAAAAUGUCCAGACCAAGCGUUCAAGUGUGCCGCAGAGCACGCUAUCCGCCUCUUUGAUUGAGAGCGUCGCCGGCUUCAGCGCGGGAGUCGUCUCCUGCCUCGCUGCCCAUCCACUCGACCUUCUUAAGAACCGUCUGCAGCUCAAUACGACGAGCAGAUCGCGGCCGGGCGACUCGUUCCGCAUACUGCGAAAUGUAAUCCAGGACGAGGGCGGUGUAAAGGCGCUGUACAGGGGACUAUGGCCGAACCUGCUGGGCAACAGUCUUGGAUGGGGACUGUACUUUCUUUUUUACGGAAAUCUGAAACAGCUUUUCCAGAACAGACGGCAAAAGGGCGAGCAUCUGGGAAGUGCCGAGUUCUUUUCGGCGAGUAUCAUUGCUGGUGUGUUUAGCGGUCUCCUCACCGGCGCUUGCACAAACCCCAUCUGGGUAGUAAAGACGCGCAUGCUCGAACGCGGGGCAAACCACCCCUCUGCAUACAAGACCAUGGCCUUUGGGCUUCGCCACGUAUACGAGACGCGCGGACUCAAGGGACUCUGGGCAGGGUUUCUGCCCUCUUCCCUCGGCGUUUUGCAUGGCGCUGUACAGUUUAGCAUUUACGAGAACAUGAAGAAGAGAAGAGCCACACACAUUGGCGGGCAAGACAAGCUCAGCAACUGGGAAUACGUGUACAUGAGCGGGGGGAGCAAACUUCUUGCCGGCGCCAUUACAUAUCCUUACCAGCCCAUCCGAGCAAGAUUACAACAGUACAAUGCCGCUCAGCAGUACAGUGGCUUAUUGGACGUGUUGAGGAAGACGUAUCAAAACGAGGGCUUCUUGGCGUUUUACAAGGGCGUGAUUCCGAAUACACUACGCGUCAUUCCGACUACGAUUGUUACGUUUUUGGUUUAUGAGAACACGAAGCUGUACCUUCCAAAGGUUUUUGCCGACGACGAGCAGCUGAUUCAUGAAGAAGACUAGACUUGCGUAGAUGCGUGCAACUGCCUAGGAUAUUGCAUAGAGCACUAUACAUGUAGAUG